AUGCAGCAGGGGUUAAACAGUACCAUUCACAAAACGAUAAAUGCGGUACCAAGCGAAGUGUUUUUCGGUUACCGACUUCGCACUGAUAGUGAUAGUUUAGCACCUCAGCUUGAUGAUGAACCUAUAUUAGAUGUGGAUGUGACAACACUGCCCGCGCGCACGCGGGCGAGCCCGGGGCAUGGGGUGAAGAGGAGGAGGAGCGCGGCGAGCAACGGUAUAUCAGCUGUUCAAGCAAGAAAAACCGUUACGCACCGUCCAACGGACAUCGAUUUGUUAGCGGGACGAAUACCAGCUUAAGAGUAGUCUUCCGAUCAAGAUCGCAAGGUGGAUCAUCUACGCAUUCUACCCGGACAAGAUGGCAUCGCUAGAGUCGCCGACAUCAAAACUAAAAAGGGCAUCAUCCGCCGGGCCUUCAACAACAUCUGCCCGCUGCCAAUCACUAGUGUUGAAGACACUUCAAGGCGGCGAGUCUAUGGAUGUGACAACACUGCCCGCGCGCACGCGGGCGAGCCCGGGGCAUGGGGUGAAGAGGAGGAGGAGCGGAGCUCGGCACCGACCGAGGGCCGCGACAACGUCACGACACACUCGCUCCAUGACCGCACGAGACACCGCGCGGAUACAUAG